AUGCUGUUUUUCUAUUUUCUAAUACUAGCCGAUUUGAUACCCGAAACUUUUCAAAAAGGUUCGUUGAAAAAAUUCAAAAUUUUGGAUAAACACGGAGCAUUUCAAUAGAGCGCAUUCAAAUAUUCCCAUGAAAAAGAUUUUCUGAAAUUUUACUUUUUCAGCCGCUUACCUCCGUGAUCGUCCUCGCGGUCUUGGCCUUCUUCAAAUCCCCACAGGAAUCUCCGAUGAACGUUCCGGACCACUUUUCCCCGGAGUCUACAUUGCCGGAAACAAAGUCGGUGAGAAACCGCAAACGGUGCCAGAUGUUAGUUUGCCAGGACAACCAUCGGUUUUCACGGGAAGGUUGGUUGAGAGAAUGCCGAUUCUGAAUAAAUGAAAAAAAGUCAUUUGUAGAUCUGCUUUCAAUCCUUUCACUCACAUGGUUUCUGCAGUAUACGCUGAAGAUUUGUCUGACGGUUGGGGAGCCGGUUUUGCAGUUAAUGUAAGUUGAAAAUUGAGAAAUGAGGAAUUAGAAAUGAAAAAUUGGAUAGUUGGGUUUUUGACACGUCAGAGGUCACGUUUCAUUAAAUUUUUUUUGUUUUGUAGAACAUUUUAGAAAAAAAUAUUUCAAGUUUGUUAUUCAAAAAAAAACCAAGUUGUGAUGAGAAGCCACGUCAUAACUGACAAUGAGUUGCAAAUUACCUUCAAUAUAUUUUUCUCCAGGGUGCCAAUACUCUCGGUCUGAACGUCCGCAAAAACUUCGAUGCCUACGCUGAUCUUCCACUGAAUCUUAACGAUGGAAUGUACCAACCUUUCAUCACAACAGCAAUGGUCGGAGGAGAAUACGAUUUAUCGAAAAUUUCUGAAGUUUCCGGAAGUUUGAAUUUACCGUUGCCAGGAGUUAAUGAGAUUUUUGAUUUGGAUGGAAGAUAUUUGAACAAGAGUAAGUUCCGAAAAAUAAUUCACAUGAAAAACUCAAUACAAUGUUUUGUUUUAGUCCAAGGUCGUGGUAUUAUCAACACUGCUCUCGAAUUUCCACUCACACUAUCUGAUCCAAACGAAAGAGCUCCGUAUACAUUCAAAUAUGUUCUUUGGGCUCCUGAUAGACAUAUGGCUUAUGGACAUGUUGUACCCAAUGUCAACUUAUUUGUUGUUGGAAAAGAUAAGAUUAUGGAGAGAUUGACACAAAAUCGAUUGAAUCCAACUAUGAUUGGAUAA